GCUAGCUUCGGGCGUCACUCGAGUCGCUUGUGAGCAGGACGAACCUUGAGGAAUAUGGAGUUUGCCGAUCUCAGAUCGGUUCUUUUUUACAGACGCGUGCCCGUCUGAAUAAAGCGCGCCCACGACGCGCGUUUCCAUGGGAGCAGCCAUAAACAAAUUAGAAUAAAAAAGUACCUGAAUAUGAUGGGGUGCUCGUGAGCUGGAACUUGACCGAGGUACCCGCUCGUCCAAGGGUUUCCACAUUCCAGUAGGCUCCCGAUGACAUGCCCAAGUUCCGGGAGCAGGAGGUCCAGCCGGCCAGUGGCCAGAAGCUCAAUCACCGUGCCGUCCUCAUAGCCCAGAGAUACUGCAUCCAGGAGAAGCUGGGCAGCGGCAGUUUUGGGACCGUAUUCCUGGUGCGGGACACUGAGGUCGCGGAGGGGGAGUACCUCAAAGUGCUGAAGGAGGUACCAGUGGGUGACCUGAACCCCGACGAAACAAUGCAGGUCCAAACGGAGGCCCAGCUGCUCGCACAACUCCACCAUCCCUCCAUCUUGAAGUUCUACAGCAGUUUCCUGGAGAAGGACAUCUUCUGCAUCAUCACCGAGUACUGUGAGGAUGGGGAUCUGGACUGUAAGCUGGAAGAGCUCCGGCAGACAGGGGCGAGGCUGCCUGAGAGCCAGGUCGCAGAGUGGCUCGUUCAGCUGCUGCUGGGCGUUCACUACAUGCACCAGAGGAAAAUCCUUCACAGGGAUCUCAAGGCCAAAAACAUUUUUCUAAAGAAGAACAUUGUUAAAAUAGGUGACUUCGGAGUUUCCCGCCUCCUCAAUGGGUCAUGUGACCUGGCCACCACCUUCACCGGCACGCCAUUCUACAUGAGUCCAGAGGUGCUCAGCCAUCAGGGUUACAACUCCAAAUCAGACAUCUGGUCCCUGGGUUGCCUCCUGUAUGAGAUGUGCAGCCUGGAGCGAGCCUUUAAGGGCCACAGCUUUCUGUCUGUGGUGAUGAAGAUCUUGGAGGGUCCUGUCCCACCCCUCCCCCAGAGCUACUCCAAAGAGCUCGGUACCAUUCUGGAGGGGAUGCUCAGCAAGGACCCGGCGGUGAGGCCGUCUGCAGCUGACCUUCUGAAGAUGAGCUUCAUCGAGGAGAACAUGCAGAGUAUAAGACUCAAGAUCUACAGCAAGGCGCAGAAAUGCGAGAGACACGCUGGCGUCAUGCAGAAGACAGUUCCUUUGGGGCACUCAGACGUACAGAAGAUGACCCCCCGUGAGAGGAUGAGGCUGAAGAAGCUACAAGAUGCUGAUGAGGAGGCCAACAGGCUUAAACAUCUGGCAGAGGAGAAGUACGAGGAAAACUGUCGACGCAUGCAGGAACUGCGGUGUCUGCAUUUCCAGAAAGUCAGCGUGGAUGUACUGAAUGAAAGUACAGAGGCAACUGGCUCCCAUAUCACUGGGUCACUGGGACAACUAGAUGUGAUGGGUGACCAAGAUCCAGGCGCUCUAAGGCUUUCACAACUGGAAGGCGAUGAGAUUCCAGUGGACCCCCAAAAAGCCGAGGCCCACUAUAAUGAGGACGGGUUUGAAUCUUGCUCCGAAGAGGAUGACGAGGCUGAUGAAGAACUUACAAUUGGGCAGCAGGAUAGUGACCUGGAGGCCAUGGUGAGCUAUAUGAAGAACAUUCUAGGAGACCCCAGCACCGAGGUUCCAGAGAGAGGGUGUCCGAGUCCCCGUGCGCCAACCACGCAGGACUGCACCAUGGCAGAGACACGCAUGCAGCGCAUCAGGGAGUCCAUCCAGAGGAAGCUGGGAGCUGCAGAGUUCCAGACCGUCUACAAGUACUUGAAGCAGGCCAGGCAGCAGCAGGAGAGUGAAGCUCAGGUGUGGGAGAACCUCGGGCACCUAGUGGACCAACCCAGCAACUGCUUUGAGGUGGACCAGCUGCUGUACUAUGAGAAAGUUUUGCAGAACAUCAGAGAGGGACACGCUUAACCAGGGCAGCUGCUCUACUCACCCACAGCCACAUCUUGGUCGCCAUGAUUUAGGCCCCCAAUCUGAAAUCUGGGGCAGUGGCAGUAUCCACUUAACCAAAGGUUUACUAACAGGGUCACAUGGGCUUGUUCUACUCCACCCUUCCGUAAAUUUGUUUAAGGACCAUGUGCCUCGCAUAUCAAAUACUGACCCCCUCAGUCGGAGAAUGUGACUGAUGGGUAGCUGGAAAAACAUGAGAGUUUCACAUUUUUCAUUUCCUGCACCAAAUGUGUGGAUGUGCAGGGGGAGGGUGGGAACUCGACUGUGCAUCACAUCGAACAGUAAGCACUGCAAAACAAACACGGCAAAACAGCAUCUAGUCUAGGCCUCCGUUUUAAUUGUAUUUAAAAAGCAACAUUUCACUAAUGUACCGUACAGCUGUAAUAAAGGAUAUGCU